GCUCUUUUUUUUUUUAUCAGAGGAAACCCACUUUGGUGGUGCCAGUGAGAACCGUCCACAAUGAUUUCUCCAGUGCUUAUCUUGCUCUCCGGUUUUCUCUGCCAUGUUGCGAAUGCAGGACGGACCUGUCCCCAGCCUGAAGAGUUGCCAUUUGCUGAAGUCGUCCCAUUCAAAACAUUCUACCUCCCAGGAGAGCAGAUAGUGUACUCCUGUAAGCCAGGCUAUGUGUCUCGAGGAGGGAUGAGACGGUUUACUUGUCCUCUCUCAGGAAUGUGGCCAAUCAACACUCUGAAAUGCACACCCAGAGUGUGUCCCUUUGCUGGAAUCCUAGAACAUGGAUCUGUACGCUAUACAACUUUUGAAUAUCCCAACACAAUCAGCUUUACUUGUAACCCAGGGUUUUACCUGAAUGGCACGAAUUCUGCUAAAUGCACCGAGGAAGGGAAAUGGAGUCCGGAACUUCCUGUCUGUGUUCCCAUGUCCUGCCCUCCACCACCAACACCUAAGUUUGCAACACUUCGGGUUUACAAGCCAUCGGCUGGAAACAACUCCCUGUACAGGGAUACAGCAGUCUUCGAAUGCUUGCCACAUCGUGCUAUGUUUGGAAAUGACACCAUUACUUGCACAGAACAUGGAAAUUGGACUGAAUUACCUGAAUGCAGGGAAGUAAAAUGCCCAUUUCCAUCAAGACCAGACAAUGGAUUUGUGAACUAUCCUGCAAAACAAGUCCUUCUUUACAAGGAUAAAGCCACAUAUGGUUGCCAUGAUACCUAUGCGCUGGAUGGCCCAGAGGAAGUUGAAUGCACGAAGCUGGGAACCUGGUCUGCCCAGCCGAGUUGUAAAGCGUCUUGUAAAUUAUCUGUUAGAAAAGCCACUGUGCUCUACCAAGGUGCGAGAGUAAAGCUCCAAGAACAAUUUAAGAAUGGAAUGAUGCAUGGUGACAGGGUUUCUUUCUUUUGCAAAAAUAAGGAAAAGAAAUGUAGCUAUACAGAGGAGACCCAGUGCGUAGAUGGCACCAUCGAAAUCCCCAAAUGUUUCAAGGAACACAGUUCUCUGGCUUUCUGGAAAACAGACGCAUGGGAUGUAAAACCAUGCUCAGAGGAUCUUCAGACUCAAAAUUAAACAUCCUGGGGUGUUUUGUUUUUUUUUUUGUCUCUGGCCAAUGAAUCCAAUGAAAGAAGAAUAAAAUUACCAAAUUCAUUGCCUUUACCAUGACAGCAUUGCUUCUUAUGAUGACAUGGUUUUUAGCUAUGUUAUAUGGUUAAAAAAUACUCUCAAAUAUUUGUAUCACCGCUUCAUGGCUAUAACAUGGACAGUGUAGACAAUUAGCUGACUAGCCCAGUUCCAACUUCCUAAUUCAUGCUUCCUUAAGUUUGAGAACAUCUUCAUAAUGAAAUACGUAUGGAUUUCCAAGGAAGUAGAACUAAACUGGAGUCCUUGG